AUGAAUUUUGGGCCAGUUCACUUCGUAGAGAGCAACCCUGCAGCGGAAGAGCAAAUUGUGACAGAGAGAUUGAGGAGAAAACUCAACGAAGUCAACACAGCCUCUCAAACCCAACUCUCUCACGUGCAAGACAACAUCAAUUUCACUCUUCAGCAAUCCUACUUUAAAUGCGCUUACGAGUGCUUAGACAGGAGCAGAACCCAAGAUGAGAUUAACACUUGUGUGGAGAAUUGCAGUGUCCCUAUUCUCAGAACCCAGAAUCCUGUUGAGACUGAAAUGGCCAAGUUCCAAUCCAAGCAAAUCCAUUGGACACAGAGACAUGAAAAACUGUGUACACUGCUUGGUUUCUCAUGA